ACUGCCUACCCGUAUCCGCUCGUAAGCGAAGUCGCACCUCUCUCUCUCUUCUAGAGCGGAAGACCCUGUUUGGGACGCGACGUUUCUGACGGGUAUUGUGGCAUCGCUGGUGACUGGAAAUUGCGUCUAAAGAUUGUGGGUGGUGGAUCGAUUAGGUGGUUUCCUGUUGCUUUGGGAGGGGAGAGAUCCACAGAGUCAAGUCUGGGGAGAACAUGGGAAAUCAGAAGCUAUUAACCCUUUCAGGAUCUCUUCUUGUUCUCUGUUCCUGCCUCUUUGGUCUCGUUCUUGCUAGUGCAGGCGAUGCCGAUCCACUCUACAAAAAUUGUGUGGAACUUUGUGAGAAGACUGGAUGUAUUGGAGGUACCUGUUUCCAGGGUUGCAGAUUCUUAUCUGAUGAUGUCACGGACAACAGCUCCUGGUACAUGCAAGAGCCCCUUUACCAGCAGUGGAAGCAAUGGGACUGCAGGAAUGAUUGCCGUUACUACUGUAUGAUGGAAAGGGAGAAAGAAAGAGAAAAGUUAGGACUAAAGCCUGUGAAGUACCAUGGAAAGUGGCCUUUCAAGCGCGUUCUAGGUCUCCAGGAACCUGCUUCAGUGGCUCUGUCUGCUCUUAAUCUUGCAAUGCAAUUCCAUGGAUGGAUGUCCUUUAUAAUACUUCUAUACUACAAGUUGCCUCUGAAGCCACAAAGUAAGAAGGCAUACUAUGAAUUCUCUGGUCUGUGGACUAUCUAUGGAAUACUUGCAAUGAACUCAUGGUUUUGGAGCUCUGUUUUUCAUAGCAGGGAUGUAGAGCUAACAGAGAAGCUGGAUUAUUCGUCUGCUGUUGCCUUAUUAGGAUUCAGUCUUAUAAUUGCCAUUCUUCGUACUUUCAAUGUGAAAGAUGAGGCGGCAAGGGUGAUGGUGGCUGCACCACUUUUGGCAUUUGUAACCACUCACAUAUUGUAUCUCAACUUCUACCAGCUUGAUUAUGGACUGAACAUGAAGGUAUGUGUGGUUAUGGCCAUUGCACAGCUGCUUCUGUGGGCUGUAUGGGCUGGCCUAACGUGCCAUCCUUCGCGGUUCAAACUGUGGGCGGUAGUUUUUGGUGGUGGCCUAGCAAUGCUUCUUGAAGUAUACGAUUUCCCCCCUUAUGAAGGAUACCUUGAUGCCCAUGCACUUUGGCAUGCAACAACAAUCCCACUCACAUAUCUCUGGUGGAGUUUCAUCAAGGAUGAUGCUGAGUUCUCUACCUCAAAGCUUCUUAGUAAGCAAGCAGAAAAAGGUGAUUCGAAGAAGGUGAAGUAGUAGGUCAGGUGCCCUAAUCCUCAGAAAAGUGCAUACGAUCAGAACUGCCCGAUGUACCUAUGGUUCUCUUUUUGCUGCAUUAUUUGUUUGUUGGUCUCUCUUACCAAAGCUUCAGAACUUCUUGUAAGUGGUUGUGUCUUGAGAGAGAGAGAGGGAGAGAUUUUGUAACCAAAAGAUAUUCAGUUGUCCUAGAAGGCACAUGAACGAAAUCUGUAUCUCAUUAACUCGUUACGCUAGUAUGGUUGGGGAGAAAUGUUAUUGUAAAUGUAACGUAUGAGAGUUGUCUUGAUUGCUUUUAGA